AUGCCAUAUUUAACGUUGCUGAUAGCACUACUGCUAGCUUCCCUCUCUGAGCCUCUUUCCUUAGAACAUCUCAGGCAUUUAGACUUGCAGAGGGACAUUCGCCCAGGUCAGCGAUGUCCAGCAAAGUGCCAACGCGAACAGUGCCCGGAUCCCAGGCUGCUCCAGAGCUGCCAGUGGGGUCAGGUCCGGGACCUGUGUGGGUGUUGUUGGGAAUGUGGGAAUGGAGAGGGCCAGCUUUGUGACCCUGAACCCUGGACCGGGUCCACGUAUUUUGGUCAGUGUGCCGAGGGACUCCGCUGUAAAGCCCCACGAAGGGACCCCGCAAUGAAGGCAGACCCUAAGCCUGUAUGUGUGUGCACCAAGCAGGAGAUUCUGUGCGGUACUGAUGGGAAGACAUAUGAGAAUAUUUGCCAGCUACGAGCAGUGCAGCACAGGCUGGGUGAGCAGAAAAAGGUAACAGUGGCACAUCAUGGACCCUGCAGAGCGAAGCCAGUCAUCACCUAUGCUCCGGGUGACAUCAUUGCUCUGGAAGGAAGCAACAUCCUUCUUUCCUGUGAGGUGUCAUCAUAUCCAGUGGCCUCCAUUCUGUGGAAGAAAGAAGGAGACAGUACUUUCCUUGCUUCUGAGAAUUCAAACAGAGCCAUACAGGCAAAUGGAGGCCCGAGGCAUUUUGAACUCACUAGCUGGCUUCAGCUCUACAAGGUCGGCCCUGAUGCUGCCGGGGUGUACACAUGUGCUGCCAGGAACACCUUUGGUGAAACUUCUGCCUCCGCAAGAUUACGGGUUAUACACGGAGGGUCUCAGAAAGGCAGAGAGCUACCCGAAAGAAAAAAUGAAGCUCACAGCACAUCUAUCAAUGAAGCUGAGAGUGAAGAUGAUGAAGAUUUUGAGGGACAACCAAGUGGAUAUAUGUAUUGGAGCAUGGUGACUGACAGAUACAAAGGAGGAGGAGGAGGAGGAGGAGGAGACAUGACAAUCACACCUGCAGCUGCUGUCACUGACAUAAUGAAGCAGUGGUCCAGUCUGACAGAAAUCCUUCGGGCAUUUGGCCUGAAAAAGCAGGAAAAUGUGUCUGCUAUGGAUGGCACUAAAACCCAGUUUAACAGGGUCAUAAUUCACUUAGGCCUGAUGUGUCCCGUCAUUCACAUGCUCAAAUGUGCUGCCCCGAGCCCUCACUCCAUUCUCAGAAAAUGGUUCAUUUUGAAAAAGCUGGUUACUGAUUCCACCCCUACACACUUAUUUGGAGUGCUUUUUGUUACUUCUGCCCUGCAGGCAUCCCUGCUCAUUCUCAGCUCCGUUAUCGGAAUGCCCAAUAUGUUCCGAGAAAGAGUCACCCUGGGAGUGUUUGGGCUGGACCAGAAGAUCCUCCGGCAUGGCACCUGCACACCAAUCUCAGGCCUCCUCUUCCCUUCCUCCGCCUUCCUCAUGUCCUCCUCUCCUCCUCCUCCCGGCCUUCAAUAUCACAUGUAG